AUGGAUCGCACAAGAGAGUAUCAUAAAGCUAAAUAUGCAGAUUCUGAUGAUGAAUUUGCUCCACCGGACAAGACCAGGAGGUAUCCAGAGAUUAAAACCCGAGGGUUUUAUUCUGACAUUCUCACUCCAGGGACCCAAGAUAUUUUGGGGGACGUUACCACGGGUGCUAUUGUGCACAAGGACCUCCUGCGACAGGCAGACUUGAAUGAAUUCACCCCAAAUGUUGCUACCUUCCAGAUUCCUGAAGACUUUGAUUCCCACGUAAUCCAGGAAAGGAUUGGGCCUACCACUGAAAUCCUGGUGAAGUCAGAUUUUCCUCUCACGGCUUAUGAGCCCAAAGUUCAGGUGCCCUUCCAGACCCUUCCAGGCCGUUGCCCAAGGAAGAUUGAGAUAGAGAGGAGGAGGCGACAGUAUUUGAAGCUAGAUAUAAACCAGCUCUUGGCUGCAGAAGGUAUAGACUCCAAUUUGCUAAUGCCCAGACACCAAGAUCCCAAGAACAUGCAGACCAUUGAGCAGAAAAAGGAUCCUCUCUUCCCCAUCUAUCUACCCCUGCAGAUAUUUGAUGAUGAGGAGUUUGACUGCCGAACCCCUGAAGAGUGGUUAGCGAUGGGUCUGGAGCCAGGGUGUCCAGACAGAAAACCAGUUCCCGGAAAAGCCCUUUUACCUACAGAUGAUUUCCUGGGUCAUGAGGAUCCUAAGAGCAACCAGUUGAUUUACGAAUGGAAUCAUGUUGGGGUUUUGGAUUAUGACUUGCAGAAGAAAUUGUAUUUGGUGCAUAAGACAGAUGAAAGGGGCCUGAUUCGAGAUGAUAUGGGGCAGCCUAUCCUGAAUGGAGGCAUGACUUCAGAAGGGAGAGCCCUCCUUUUGCCUUGUCAGUUUUGGAUUCCCCGGAUCCAGUUGCUCUUUUGUGCAGAGGAUCCACGUGUGUUUACACAGCGUGUUGUCGCAGCUAAUUUGCUCCGAAAGAAGACGGAGGCCCUCCUUCUGUACAACCUGUAUAUAGACUGUAUGCCCACUGAGGGUCUGAGGGUCCUCAGUGAACAGAGCCUGGACAUGAUCAAGCAGCGGACCAUGAGCACCCCCAGGAUGCGGAAAGGGGCUUCAGUCCUAGAACAGCUGGUCACUUUGGCCAAGGAGGCAAACCUGGACUAUGAACGAACCAUGAACAAGAUCAAUUUUGACCGGAUUGUAGCCGCCAAACCAGAAACAUUUUCCUAUGUUACUUUACCAGAUAAAGUGGAGGAGAAAGUGCCUGAGCGAGGACUUGUUGAUAUGCCUGAAUAUCCCUUUCUGGAUCAGAAGGAGGCCUUCACUUUUGUGUCCUUGCUCACCCGAACAGAGGUCAUCACGGCCCUGGGCAAAGUACGGGCUGAAUGUAACAAGGUGACAGCUAUGACUCUGUUCCAUUAUACUCUGUCCAAGUUUGGGCGGUUGGAGGAAUUUGAACAGAUCCAGUCCCAGAUGUUUUCCCAGGUUCAGAUGUUCCUGAAGGAUAGCUGGGUCAGCACUCUAAAGGUUGCAAUCAGGAGUAGCUUGAGGGACAUGAGCAAAGGCUGGUAUAACCUCUAUGAGACCAACUGGGAAGUAUACCAGAUGUCCAAGCUUCACAAACUGAUGGAACUUAUCAAGUAUACCCUGCAAGACUCUAUCCGAUUCCUUGUCCAGGACUCUCUGGUCAAUUUUACUCAGUUUAUCCUGGAUGCCUGCUACAGCGUCCUAGGCUGUCGUGAGGACCUGGUCUGGGGUUCCGAUCUCAUCAACAGUCCAUACAACUACCUGCCCAGUGAGUAUGAAGCGAAGUGCCCUCCUGCUGCUGAAGUGAGAGAAGUGGUGAAGAGCCACCUUAAGGAAAAGGACAUCUUGGAUAACUCUUUGCCCAGCAAUAUCAUCAUUGGCCCCUUCUACAUCAACGUGGAAAAUACAAAGCAAAACCUUUCCAAGAAACGCAAAGCCCUGGCUACCUCCAUGUUGGACAUUCUGGCAAAAACCCUACACCAGGAAGUGGAAAGUAUCUGUGAUGAGUUCCGGUACAUCAGCCGGAAGAUCUAUGAAAAGCCCAACAGCAUCGAGGAGUUGUCUGAACUCCGGGAGUGGAUGAAGACCAUCCCUGAAACCCUGGUGGGGCUGGAGGAAAGGAUAGUGAAAGUCAUGGAUGAUUAUCAGGUCACAGAUGAUUUUUUUUACAAUCUUACUAAUGAUGAUUUCAAUGACAAAUGGGCAGCGAGUAACUGGCCCCAUAAGAUCCUUGGGCAGAUUGACUUGAUUCGGGAAUUGCACCAGGAAGAAGAAGAGAAGUUCCAUAAGAUUCAACUUAUGGAUCAGAACAACUUUCUGGAAAAGCUGGAUGGCCUUCAGUUGAUGGUGGCUGGAUUUUCCAUUCACACAGACAUUGCACGUGCACAUGAGGUAGCCAAUGAAGUGAGGAGGGUCAAGAAGCAGCUCAAGGAAUGCCAACAGUUGGCCAUGCUCUAUAAUAAUCGAGAGAGGAUUUUUGGGAUGCCAAACACAAAUUAUGACAAACUUUUCAAGAUGAUCAAGGAGUUCCAGCCUUACUGGGACCUGUGGACCACAGCUUCCGACUGGUUACGUAGUUCAGAAAGCUGGAUGAAUGAUCCUCUGUCUGCCAUCGAUGCCGAGCAGCUGGAAAAGAUUGUGAUUGAGUCCUUCAAGACGAUUCACAAGUGUGUGAAGCAGUUCAGAGAUGUUCCAGCCUGCCAGGAGGUGGCCAUCGAUAUCCGGGGCAGAAUUGAGGAUUUCAAGCCUUACAUCCCCCUGAUCCAGGGCUUGCGGAACCCUGGCAUGCGGAACCGACACUGGGAGAUGCUCUCUGAAAAAAUCAACAUGAACGUCAAGCCGAAGGCCAACCUCACCUUUUCUAAGUGUCUGGAAAUGAACCUGCAAGAUCACAUCGAAGCCAUCAGCAAGGUGGCCGAGGUGGCGGGCAAGGAAUAUGCCAUUGAGCAGGCCCUGGAUAAGAUGGAGAAGGAAUGGACCUCAGUCCUAUUCAAUGUGUUGCCAUAUAAAGAAACAGAGACGUUUAUUCUGAAGAGCCCCGAUGAGGCCUCUCAGCUCCUGGAUGACCACAUAGUCAUGACCCAGAGCAUGUCUUUCUCACCAUUCAAGAAACCAUUUGAGAAUAGAAUCAACACAUGGGAAAACAAGCUGAGACUGACCCAGGAAGUACUUGAGGAGUGGCUUACCUGCCAGCGGUCUUGGUUGUACCUGGAGCCCAUCUUCAGCUCCGAGGACAUCACUCGGCAGCUGCCAGUGGAGAGUAAACGCUAUCAGACAAUGGAGAGGAUGUGGAGGAAAAUCAUGAAGAAUGCCAAUGAGAACAGAGAGGUGAUUAAUGUAUGUGCUGAUCAGAGGCUACUGGACAUACUAAGAGACUGUAACAAACUAUUAGAUCUGGUUCAGAAAGGCCUGAGCGAGUAUCUGGAGACCAAGAGAGCUGCUUUCCCCAGAUUCUACUUCUUGUCUGAUGAUGAACUGUUGGAGAUCCUGUCCCAGACAAAAGACCCCACAGCUGUACAACCUCAUCUCCGGAAGUGCUUUGAGAACAUUGCUCGGCUCCUUUUCCAAGAAGACUUGCAGAUUACUCACAUGUACUCUGGUGAAGGUGAAGAGGUGCAGCUCUCCUUUUUCAUUUAUCCCACUGGCAAUGUGGAAGAUUGGCUCCUGGAGGUGGAGCAUAGCAUGAAGGCCAGUGUGCAUGACUUCAUCGAGCGAGCAAUCAGGGCCUAUCCAGAGACCCCGAGGCCCGAGUGGGUCUUGAACUGGCCUGGCCAGGUGACUAUUGCUGGCUGUCAGACAUUUUGGACAAAGGAAGUAUCAGAGGCCCUAGAGGCUGGGGACCUAAGCAGCCGACUCUUCCCACAGCUUGGUGUUCAGCUGCAGGAUCUGGUGGCCCUGGUCCGAGGGAGGCUAUCUAGGAUGCAGAGAGCUGUGCUGUCCGCACUCAUUGUCAUUGAGGUUCAUGCUAAGGAUGUGGCUGGCAAACUGAUAGAGGAGAAUGUGAUCAGCGUGAAUGAUUUUGAGUGGAUCUCCCAGCUAAGGUAUUACUGGACCAAGGAUGACCUGUAUAUCCGUGCUGUCAAUGCUGAAUUCAUCUAUGGCUAUGAGUACCUGGGUAAUAGUGGGCGCCUGGUGAUCACCCCCCUCACAGACAGGUGUUAUCUGACUUUGACAGGGGCCUUGCACCUCAAGUUUGGGGGGGCUCCUGCUGGUCCAGCAGGGACUGGGAAGACAGAAACCACCAAGGAUCUAGGGAAAGCCUUGGCCAUCCAGACAGUGGUGUUCAACUGUUCCGACCAGCUUGACUUCAUGGCCAUGGGCAAAUUCUUCAAAGGUCUCGCUAGCUCCGGGGCUUGGGCUUGCUUUGACGAAUUUAACCGCAUUGAUGUGGAGGUGCUGUCUGUGGUGGCUCAGCAGAUCACGACCAUCCAGAAGGCUCAGCAACAGAGAGUUGAUCGUUUUAUGUUUGAAGGAGUUGAAAUUCCACUUGUUCCCUCGUGUGCUGUAUUCAUCACCAUGAACCCAGGCUAUGCUGGACGCACUGAGUUACCUGACAACUUGAAGGCUCUCUUCCGACCGGUGGCCAUGAUGGUUCCAGACUACACCAUGAUCGCAGAGAUCUCCCUCUACUCCUUUGGGUUCAGCGAUGCCAAAGUCCUGGCCAAGAAGAUCACCACGACGUUCAAGCUAUCCUCAGAGCAGCUUAGCUCUCAGGAUCAUUAUGACUUUGGGAUGAGAGCUGUGAAGACUGUUAUCUCUGCAGCUGGCAAUCUGAAACGGGAGAACCCAACUAUGAAUGAGGAACUGAUCUGCCUCCAGGCCAUUCGGGAUGUGAAUGUGCCCAAGUUCCUACAGGAUGACCUCAAGCUCUUUGCAGGCAUCGUAUCUGACUUGUUCCCCAACAUCAGAGAAGAGAGGAUAGACUAUGGUAUCCUGGACCAAGCUAUCCGCCAGGCCUGCUUGCAAGACAAUCUAAAAGAUGUGGAUGGCUUUCUAACCAAGUGUAUCCAACUGUAUGAGACCACCGUGGUACGCCAUGGCCUCAUGCUUGUAGGGCCUGCAGGCUCAGGGAAGACCAAGUGUUAUAAGGUCUUGGCAACUGCGAUGACCUCUCUGAAAGGCCAGCCUUCCAUCAGUGGUGGUGUAUAUGAAGCUGUCCACUACUUUGUCCUCAACCCCAAGUCCAUCACCAUGGGCCAGCUUUACGGGGAGUUUGACCUAUUAACGCAUGAAUGGACCGAUGGGAUUUUUGCCUCCCUUAUCCGGGUUGGGGCCAUUUCCUCAGACACCGACAAGAAGUGGUAUAUGUUUGAUGGCCCCGUGGAUGCAGUUUGGAUUGAGAACAUGAACACGGUGCUGGAUGACAACAAGAAGCUGUGCCUCAGCUCUGGGGAGAUCAUCAAACUCACUGAGCCAAUGACCAUGAUGUUUGAAGUCCAGGACCUGGCGGUUGCCUCUCCUGCCACUGUAUCCCGCUGUGGCAUGGUUUACCUGGAGCCCAGCAUCCUAGGAAUCAUGCCCUUUACUGAAUGCUGGCUGAGGAAGAUCCCUGGCAUCAUUUUGCCUUUCAAGGAGAAGUAUGCGAGCCUGUUCGAGAAGUUUCUGGAGGAAUCUAUCCAGUUUGUCCGAGAAACAGUGAAAGAAGUGAUUGCUUCUACAAACAGCAACCUGACCAUGAGCCUGCUCAAGAUCAUGGACUGCUUCUUCAGUCCAUUUGUGCCCAAAGAGGGUGCCAAGAAAAUUCCCCAUGAGAAGCUGGUUCGAGUCCGGGAGUUGGUGGAGCCUUGGUUCAUUUUCUCCCUGGUAUGGAGUGUGGGAGCCACAGGAGAUGCCAAAAGCCGUGCGGCCUUCAGUUUGUGGCUCAGGAAAAAGAUGGAUUUGGAGGAGAUAGGCUUACACUUUCCGGCAGAAGGCUUGGUGUUUGAUUACCGUCUAGAUGACUGUGGCAUCAGUAGCGUGGAGGAUGCUGAAGAAGAAGAAGAUGAAAACAAACAGGUGAGCUGGGUGAAGUGGAUGGAUAUAACAGCACCCUUUGUCAUGGUUCCUGAUACCAGCUAUUCCAAUAUCAUUGUGCCUACAAUGGACACCGUCCAGAUGUCUUUCCUCCUUGGGAUACUCCUCACUAAUAAGAAACCUGUUCUGUGCAUUGGGCCUACGGGCACAGGAAAAACAAUCACCAUUUUUGACAAACUCCUCAAGAACUUGCCUUUGGAAUACAUCACUCACUUUCUGACAUUUUCAGCCCGGACCUCAGCCAAUCAGACCCAGGACCUCAUUGACAGCAAGCUGGAUAAAAGGCGAAAGGGGGUGUUUGGACCCCCUUUGGGCCGGUUCUUCAUAUUCUUCAUUGAUGACUUGAACAUGCCUGCCCUGGAGACCUAUGGAGCCCAGCCUCCCAUUGAGCUCUUGCGCCAAUGGAUGGAUCAUGGGGGCUGGUAUGACAGAAAGAUGAUUGGUAGUUUCAAGAACCUGGUGGACAUUAACUUUGUAUGUGCCAUGGGACCACCAGGUGGAGGCCGGAAUGCCAUUACUCCCCGUUUUACCCACCAUUUCAAUUACCUCUCAUUCAUUGAAAUGGAUGACCAGAGCAAGAAUCGCAUCUUCUCUACCAUUCUAGGGAGCUGGAUGUCUGGACUCCUUGGAGAAAAGAGUUACAGAGAUCCUGUGCCGGGGGCCCCUGAUGUGGCAGACUUGAAUAAGCCCCUCGUUUCAGCCACCAUCCAGGUAUAUGCCACCAUCACCUCUCAGCUCCUGCCCACUCCAGCCAAGUGCCAUUACACUUUUAACUUGAGGGACCUCUCCAAAGUCUUCCAGGGCAUGCUCAUGGCUGAGCCCUCCAAAAUUCAGAAUAAGGUCCAGCUGCUGAGACUGUGGUACCAUGAGAGCUGUCGGGUGUUCCGGGACCGUCUUGUCAAUGAUGAAGAUCGGAUUUGGUUUGACAAACUCAUGGAAAGCAAGAUGUUGCUGUGGAAUACCUCCUUCUCUGAGGUCUGUCCCUACCAGCCCAUCUUGUAUGGAGACUUCAUGAUGCCGGGUAGUGACGUUAGGAUUUAUGAACUGAUCGUUGACCAGGAGAAGAUGCAGCUUGUCAUCGAGGAGUACAUGGAAGACUAUAACCAGGUCAACACGGCUAAGAUGAAGCUGGUCCUUUUCAUGGACGCCAUGAGUCACAUCUGCCGCAUCAGCCGCAUUCUGCGCCAGUCGCUAGGGAAUGCCCUCCUCCUGGGGGUGGGGGGCAGUGGCCGAAACUCCCUCACGCGGCUUGCCUCUCACAUGGCUGAGUAUGAGUGCUUCCAGAUUGAACUAUCUAAGAACUAUGGGAUGAGUGAGUGGCGUGAAGAUGUCAAGAAGAUCCUGCUGAAGGCUGGUCUGCACAGACUCUCUGUCACUUUCCUGUUUUCAGACACACAGAUUAAAAAUGAGUCCUUCUUGGAGGAUAUCAACAAUGUUCUGAACUCUGGGGACAUUCCUAACCUGUACUCCCCAGAUGAGCAAGACCAGAUCCUCACCAGUAUGCGGCCUCUUAUUCAGGAGCUAGGACUGCAGCCCACCAAAGCCAAUCUGAUGGCUGGCUACACAGGCAUUGUACGAAGUAACAUUCACAUGGUACUGUGCAUGAGCCCUAUCGGAGAGGUCUUUCGAGCCCGCCUGAGACAAUUUCCCUCAUUGGUCAACUGCUGUACCAUUGAUUGGUUCAAUGAGUGGCCAUCUGAAGCUCUGGAAUCUGUGGCGUCCAGAUUUCUGAAGGAGAUCCCUGAGUUGGACAUCACAAAUGAGGUGAUGGAUGGCAUGAUCCAAGUUUGUGUUCGCAUACACCAGUCUGUGGCCAAAAAGUGCAUUGACUAUCUACUAGAGUUGGCCCGUCACAAUUAUGUCACUCCCAAGAGCUAUCUGGAGUUGCUGAACAUCUUCUCUGCCCUGAUUGGAGAAAAGAAACAGGAAUUAAAGACAGGCAAGAAUCGUAUGAAGAGCGGCUUAGAUAAGCUACUCCGGACGGCAGAGGAUGUGGCCAAGAUGCAAGAAGAGCUGGAAACCAUGCGCCCGCUGCUAGAAGAAGCUGCCCAAGACACCCUCGUCACCAUGGAACAAAUAAAGAUUGACACCGCUAUAGCAGAGGAGACGCGGAAUGCCGUACAGGCGGAGGAGAACAAAGCCAACGAGAAGGCCAAGAAGGCUCAGGCUAUUGCCGAUGAUGCCCAGAAGGACCUGGAUGAGGCUCUGCCAGCCCUAGAUGCCGCCCUGGCUAGUCUGAGGAACCUUAACAAGAAUGAUGUGACUGAGGUUCGGGCGAUGCAGCGGCCACCACCCGGAGUGAAAUUGGUCAUAGAAGCUGUUUGCAUCAUGAAGGGAAUUAAGCCCAAAAAGGUGCCUGGGGAUAAACCAGGCACAAAGGUAGAUGACUACUGGGAGCCUGGCAAGGGGCUGCUUCAGGACCCGGGCAAGUUUCUCGAUGGCCUCUUCAAAUUUGACAAGGACAACAUUACUGACAUUGUGAUUAAAGCCAUCCAGCCCUAUAUUGACAAUGAGGAAUUCCAGCCUUCAGCCAUUGCCAAAGUGUCCAAGGCGUGCACGUCCAUCUGCCAGUGGGUGCGAGCCAUGCACAAGUACCACUUCGUGGCCAAGGCUGUGGAGCCAAAGAGGCAAGCCCUGCGUGAGGCCCAGGAAGACCUGGACGCAACUCAGAAGAUCCUGGAUGCUGCAAAAACCCGGCUUCGAGAAGUGGAAGAUGGCAUCUUAACCCUCCAGGCUAAGUACCGAGACUGCGUCUCCAAGAAGGAAGAGCUAGAGAUGAAGUGUGACCAGUGCGAGCAGAGACUGAGCCGUGCUGACAAGCUGAUCAACGGGCUGGCUGAUGAAAAGGUGCGUUGGCAAGACACCGUUACAAACUUAGAUUACCUGCUCAACAAUAUCUAUGGUGACAUCCUGAUGGCAUCUGGCUUUGUGGCCUACCUUGGACCCUUCACGGGGCAGUACCGAAUAUCACUGUGUGAAUCGUGGUUGGAACAGCUCUCUAAAUAUGAGGUCCCCCAUACUUCAGAGCCUACCCUGAUUGGGACACUGGGGAAUGCAGUGAAGAUUCGCUCAUGGCAGAUUGCAGGUCUCCCCAAUGACACCCUGUCUGUGGAGAAUGGUGUCAUCACACAAUAUUCUCAGCGCUGGACCCAUUUCAUUGACCCCCAAGGACAAGCCAACAAGUGGAUCAAGAACCUGGAGAGGGAUAACGGUUUGGAUGUGUUUAAGCUGAGUGACCGGGACUUCCUGCGCAGCCUGGAGAAUGCCAUCCGUUUUGGAAAGCCGUGUCUCCUGGAAAAUGUUGGAGAAGAGCUGGACCCAGCUCUGGAGCCCGUCCUCCUGAAGCAGACUUACAAGCAGCAGGGCACCACCGUGCUGAAGCUCGGGGACAGCGUCAUCCCGUACCACGAGGACUUCCGCAUGUACAUCACCACCAAGCUGCCCAAUCCCCACUACACGCCGGAGAUCUCCACCAAGCUCACGCUCAUCAACUUCACGCUGUCGCCCAGCGGCCUGGAGGAUCAGCUACUAGGCCAGGUGGUGGCUGAGGAACGGCCUGAUCUAGAGGAUGCCAAGAACCAGCUGAUUGUCAGCAAUGCCAAGAUGAAGCAAGAGCUGAAGGACAUCGAGGACCAGAUCCUCUUCCGGCUUAGCUCCUCAGAGGGGAACCCUGUCGAUGAUGUGGAACUCAUCAAGGUUCUGGAAGCCUCCAAGUUGAAGGCUGGGGAAAUUCAGGUCAAGGUGAGGACCGCUGAGCAGACAGAGAAAGACAUCGACAUCACUCGCAUGGAAUAUGUCCCAGUGGCUGUCCGCACCCAGAUCCUCUUCUUCUGUGUAUCUGACCUUUCAAACGUGGACCCCAUGUACCAGUACUCCCUUGAGUGGUUCCUCAACAUCUUCCUCUCUGGCAUCUCCAACUCGGAGAGGGCAGAUACCUUGAAAAAGCGGAUUGCAAACAUCAACAAGUACUUGACCUUCAGCCUCUACAGUAACGUCUGCCGCAGCCUCUUUGAGAAGCACAAGCUCAUGUUUGCCUUUCUCCUAUGUGUACGAAUCAUGAUGGAUGAAGGGAAGAUUGACCAGGCCGAGUGGCGCUACCUUCUGUCCGGGGGAACCAUCAAAGAUGUGAUACCGAACCCAGCAGUGGAAUGGCUGUCAGACAGGGCAUGGCGUGACAUCCUGGCCCUUACCAAUCUUCCAAACUUCUCCGACUUAGCAAAAGACUUCUAUGUUUACUUAACAGAAUUCCAAAUGAUCUUUGAUAGUGUGGAACCCCACCGGGAGAUCUUGCCAGGCAAAUGGGAAGAACAUUUAGACCAGUUCCAGAAGCUGCUGGUUCUGCGUUGCCUCCGAGGUGACAAGGUCACCAACGCCAUGCAGGACUUUGUGGCCAUAAACCUGGAGCCACGGUUCAUUGAGCCCCAGACGGCCAACCUCUUUGCCGUGUUCAAGGACUCUAAUUCCACCACCCCACUGAUCUUCGUGUUGUCCCCGGGCACAGACCCGGCCGCAGACCUCUACAAGUUCGCUGAGGAGAUGAAGUUCUCCAAGAAGCUCACAGCCAUUUCUCUGGGUCAGGGCCAGGGUCCCUUAGCUGAGGCCAUGAUGCAGAGCUCCAUGGAGAGAGGCAAGUGGGUCUUCUUCCAGAACUGCCACUUGGCCCCCAGCUGGAUGCCCUCCCUGGAGAGGCUCAUUGAGCAGAUCAACCCUGACAAGGUACACCGGGACUUCCGUCUUUGGCUCACCAGCUUGCCAAGUAACAAGUUUCCAGUGUCCAUCCUCCAGAAUGGCUCCAAGAUGACCAUUGAGCCCCCACGUGGGGUUAAGGCCAAUCUCCUCAAGUCUUACAUUAGCCUCAAUGAUGAUUUUUUGAAUUCCUGCCAGAAGCAGUCUGAAUUCAAGUGCCUGCUUCUGUCCCUGUGCCUCUUCCACGGGAAUGCACUGGAGCGGAGGAAGUUUGGGCCCCUGGGCUUCAACAUCCCCUAUGAGUUCACAGAUGGAGACCUGCGUAUUUGCAUCAGCCAGCUGAAAAUGUUCCUGGACGAGUAUGAGGACAUCCCCUACAAGGUCCUCAAGUACACAGCUGGCGAGAUCAAUUACGGGGGCCGUGUCACCGACGACUGGGACCGGCGCUGCAUCAUGAACAUCCUGGAAGACUUCUACAAUCCCGACGUCCUGCUACCUGACCACACCUACUCCGAAUCCGGCAUCUACCACCAAAUCAACCCGACUUAUGACAUCAAUGGUUACCUGCAGUACAUCAAAAGCCUGCCACUCAACGACAUCCCCGAGAUCUUUGGGCUGCACGACAAUGCCAAUAUCACCUUUGCACAGAACGAGACCUUCGCCCUCCUCGGCGCCAUCAUUCAGUUGCAACCCAAAUCAACUGCCACGGGUGGCCAGAGCCGAGAAGCAAUGGUGGAGGAGAUUGCUGGGAGCAUCCUGAAGAAGAUCCCGGAGCCCAUCGAUGUGCUUCACGUGAUGUCGAAGUACCCUGUGCUCUAUGAGGAAUCUAUGAACACUGUCCUGGUGCAGGAGGUGAUCAGAUACAACAAGCUACUGAAUGUAAUCACAGAGUCACUCAAGGAUGUGCUCAAGGCACUGAAGGGCCUGGUGGUGAUGUCCUCCCAGCUGGAGCUCAUGUCCACUAGCCUCUACAACAAUGCCGUACCUGAGAUCUGGAAGGGCAAGGCCUACCCUUCCCUCAAGCCUCUGUCCUCCUGGGUCAUGGACCUGUUGCAGCGGAUUGAAUUUCUGGACACCUGGAUCCAACGUGGCAUCCCGCCUGUUUUCUGGAUCAGCGGCUUCUUCUUUCCACAAGCCUUCCUAACAGGGACCUUGCAGAACUUUGCUAGAAAACGUGUUAUCUCCAUUGAUACCAUCUCCUUCAACUUCAAGGUAAUAGGGAAAUCACCGAGUGAGUUGACCACAAGGCCAGAGAUAGGCUGCUACAUCCAUGGCCUGUUCCUGGAGGGGGCACGCUGGGACCCCGAAAUUUUUGUCCUGGCUGAGUCUCGGCCCAAGGAGCUCUACACGGAGAUGGCUGUCAUCUGGCUGGUUCCCGUACCCAACCGCAAAGCCCCAACCAAGGGCUUCUAUUUAUGCCCCAUUUACAAGACUCUAACUCGAGCUGGUACACUGUCCACCACUGGCCAUUCCACCAACUACGUCAUAGCUGUGGAGAUCCCCACCAGGAAGGGCCAGAGACACUGGAUCAAGCGAGGUGUAGCCCUCAUCUGUGCUCUGGACUAUUAGGUCCACUGGGAUGGGCCAAGCAAGCCCCAACCUAGGCCAAGGCAGCAGUGCCCCUGAGCUGGCCCUGCCAAUUGUCCCUUGCCCAGGAGACCCUAGAGUGGAGUCCUGGGGCAGCCGUGAGAAGCCUGGGGCCCAAAGUUAGGGGGAAUAAAAAUAUUUUUUUAUGUUGUCUA